AUGACGCUACAGCACAGAUUGAGAGACCGAAAGGGGUCAUCUCCUAGGCAACCCGCUCGGGAGUUACCAUGGAAACUGCCAUUUCCGUGCGAGGCCGUGCUCAGGAAGCAGGUCCCCAGCUCCCCAGCUCCCAGCCCCGAGGCUGCUGCCGUGCCCAUCCGCUGCGGCAACACCACCAAGUCCGGGAAGUUGCUGUUUCGCUUCCCCAAAGGACGGGCCCGUGCGGCUGCUGUGGGAGCUUCGUACCCGCUUCGUACGUGGCCGCCGGCCAACUGGUACCCGGGCAGGGACAGCUCCGUCAUCUGCUCCGAGCACUUCGCUCCCGCCUGUUUUGAUGUCUCUUUGGUUAUCCAGAAGAAUCUGCACUUCUCCGAGCGCCUGAGACCCGUGGCGGGCGCCGCGUCCAUCUUGCACCCGGUGUCCUCCCUGCUGAAACCUACGGGGAAAGAAGAGGGAGACUGAGCGGGCGCGGGAACGGAGGAAAGCCCCAGGCAGUCAGGCAGCCCCAGGCUACCCCAGGGCCAGCCUCCUGUACACUCCUCUGGCCCACGAAGAGGGCUUUCGGCUUCACAGAUAAAGGGCCACCCAAAGAGGCCACCGAGGGUCUUGCAAGAACCCCAAUCUGUGGCUAGGCUCCUCCACUUAGUGUCGUCUUGGGAAAAUCACCUCACCACGAAGGUUUUUGUUAAUCGGUGAUCUCCAAGAGCCUAUUUAGCAUUACUCUGGAAUUAUAGUUUCUUCUACCUCCUGUUCCCCAAAACACACACGCAAACUCUUUCCCUUCACAUUAUAGAGAAGCCUUCACUCUCCGCUCCUGAGUUUUUAAAUACAAAGGAUUUAAUUUGAGUAAAUCUCAAGAAAUGAGGUACUUUAAACUUUCUGCAUAGCAUAUCAUUGCAUGAUAAGCUGCAAGAAUGAUCAAUUAUACCGUCAAAAUGGUGGGGGAAUGGGAGUGCAAGAUGCUGAUGAAGAUAAGGCUUUGCUGAUGGACAUCCCUUCCCCCUCCUAAACUUCCUCUUGACUAGCUGCCUUUAAACUAAAUCGUUCCAGUGAGUUGAAUUCUCCUAUCCUGCUCUUUUCUGCCUACUUUCUCGGUACUCAGAAGAUUGAUUACACUUAUUUUGCAUCUGGUCACUACUGCCUUAUUCCCAACUUCCUAACUUCUCAGCCUUCUCUGGGUUAGUCAAACUUCAGCCCUAUCAACAUAACAUAGAUUAAUUUAUGACUCUUCAUUGGAUCUAAAAGGUGUUCAGUUUUAGAGUUAGAUGGAGUUCGCCAAGAAGUCAGCGGACCUGUAACUGACAUUCUGGUUGUGAAUAUACAGAGGUAUUCUUGAAUUUUAGAGCUGAAGAAAACCUAAGUGAUCAUAUAGUCUAGAUUCACAAUGUAUGCACAAGGAAGCCAACCCAAGGUUAAUUUCCUCAGGAGCCAAUAAUCUUUUCUCUAGGUCCAAUCACCAGACAGAAACUUUCUGCAAUACCAACCUCCUUCCUGCAUGGGGUGGGUGCUUGAAGUCGCUCAGUCGUGUCCAACUC